AUGACAUAUGCCGAGAAAAUCAAUUUUUUUAAAAUGGCUGUCGAAGAAAUUGAACCGAUUUUGAAAGUCGAUAAAAGAAAAGGGAAAUUUUUCCGAAGUUCCGUAGUUUUGAUGGAUAUCAUGAAUAUCUUGCAAUGUUUGGAUUUGAGCGGUAUCUUUAUUAACCACGUAUGUUCUAAUUAUGGGAAUCACCAACAAUAUAAUCACUGAUUUGUUUACAGAUUCAGAUUGUCAACGACAAAUACGAUGAGAUUGUUGAUCUCUUUGCGGAUAUUGGAUAUGAGCUGGUUCCAGUUCCAUCACCACCACCAUAA